GGCUGCGCCCUGUGAAUGCCACGUACUGUCUGACGUUGACAGUGAAGAGGACGCUUCCUGAUGCUGGCCAGGACCCGGCUAGGCUAGCUAACAUAUUUUAUUUUCACGGUUCGGGAGGAAAGCUGUGAAACACAGCGAGGUCUAGUCGUCUGAUUCAGAGCGGUGGGAGCAGAGCAGGUCGAACUUCACAAUGAACGGCCAGCUGGACCUGAGCGGGAAGCUGAUCAUCAAAGCACAGUUGGGUGACGACAUCAGACGUAUCCCUAUCCACAAUGAAGACAUCACUUAUGAUGAGCUGGUGCUGAUGAUGCAGCGCGUCUUCAGGGGCAAACUGCAGAGUAAUGAUGAAGUUGCGAUCAAAUACAAGGAUGAGGAUGACGACCUCAUCACCAUCUUCGACAGCUCUGACCUCUCCUUUGCAAUCCAGUGUAGUAGAAUACUCAAACUCACUUUGUUUGUGAAUGGUCAGCCGCGGCCUUUGGAGUCCAGCCAGGUGAAGCACCUGCGCAGGGAGCUCAUCGAGCUCAGGAAUAAAGUCAACAACCUCCUGGACAGUCUGGAGCCCCCCACAGACCCUAGCCUGGCUGCCGCAGCACCGGAUAGUGAAUCAGUGGACGGACGUGAAGGCAAAGUUGUGGCAGGAGACCACACAGUUAAACAGGCCACUCCGGUCAGUGCGGCCAGCAUGUCAGCCUUCGACCCUUUAAAGAACCAGGACGAGGUCAGCAAGAAUGUCAUCUCUGCUUUCGGCCUUAGUGAGGACCAGGCCCAAGUAGCUCCACCAUCAAUUGCAGCAGAUGAGCGCUCAGGAACCCCUGACAGCAUUGCCUCCUCCUCAUCUGCGGCCCCUCUGCCAGGAGUACCGCCCCAACCACAGGCUCCCUAUCCUGGAGUACAGCAGGGACCCCCAGCUGGCAUGGAUGGUCAGGUGUAUCAACAGUACCAGGCUCCAGGUGGAUACCAGCAGCCUGGUGCCCCACCACAGCAGCAGUAUGGUAUGCAGUACCCUGCAGGAUAUAGCCCUCAGCCCGGAGCCCCUCAGCCUGGCCCACCACAGCAGCAGCAGCAGCAGCCGCAGCAGCCGCAGCAGCAACAGCAGUUUCAGAACUACGCCCCUCCCUCCUCCCAGGCUCCCGCCCCUGGGCCAGCCCAAGCCCCUGCUCCAGCCCCGGGCUUCCAAGGUGGCCAGCAGCAGCCCCAUCCACCUCAGGGAGGCCAGCAGUAUCCACCAGGAGCCUUCCCUCCCCAAAACUAUACCUCCCAGGCCUCCCAGCCUGCUAACUACAGCCUGCCGCCCAGCUCCCAGCCUAGCCCCGGGUACCAGCCCCGCCAGGCAUACACCGCACCUCCAGGCACCACUGUCACCCCUCCACCAGGAGCUGGUAACCCAUAUGCCCGCAACCGCCCAACUUACGGCCAGGGCUACACUCAGCCAGGCCCUGGGUACCGGUAAAAAGAGGACAGCUGAUGUUACUGAUCCUCACACACACCCCAAACCCCCUACCCUCUGUGUGGCUCCAGCUGUUCUGAUUGGGUGCAGGAAACAUGGUUGACUGCUCUAUAUUUCCCUACUCGUACAAAUAUCAAGUCCAAAUAUGAAACAAGCUACCCCCUCCCCUCCUUUGCCCCAGUCUGAUGGUUAGUGUUUGUCUCUUCAACAUACCACAGUGUUCUGACCCUGCUGUGUUUCCCCGUUAUUUUCCCCUCCUGACAACACCACCACCCUCCGCUCUGCCCUCUCGUCCCUGUCAUUGUAACACAGUCUGUAUGCACACACCUGGGAGACCAAAACAGGCCGUUGCACAAACUGUUUGUUGUUCUUUUCAUGGUAACACUUUUUUUUGCGGGCAACAUUUCCGCAUAUUUGUCACACAUGUCAACCGCUUGUGCUGCGUUAACGUUGCUUAGAUGCAUUUAUAAGACACUAAAUGAAAAGUUACCCCUUUGUUGUUUUGUCCUCUUGUGUUUAUUUCCUCUAUUUUACCACCAUGUCGGUAUUAAUGAUGUGUUCUUGACUCUGCCCCGGGUUGGGAACACUAGCUAGGUGAUGGCUUGUGGGAGGUGUAGAUCCCAGUGUAAUGAAGAAGGCUUGUUUUGUUCUAGCUCGUAAUAUCACCUUCAAAAUAAGUUUGUUAUUCCUCUUUCUUUUUUUUUCUGAUCACUGGUUUUUACUAAUAUAUCAAAUCAAAUUUCACCUUCAAAUGAGAUUAGUUGUUUAUGUAUAAACUGUAACAUUUUUUUCUUUAACCUAAUAAAUGAUUGAGACCCA